AGCGGAUCUCUGGUGCGAGCAGCUCGGCUUCGUUCUGGUUUAAACCCCGCUGGCUGGAUAGACACGGAAUCCCCGCCUUCACCUCCUACAGACAGUCUUUUUAGGAGCACCGCUGGCGCACAUAGAGGUAUAAAUGGUGGAGGCCGUGGUGGAGUUUGACUAUGAGGCUCAGCAGGACGAUGAGUUGAGUCUGACUGUGGGCGACAUCAUUGUGAACAUACGCAGGGAGGAGGGGGGUUGGUGGGAGGGGGAGCUGGGCGGACGCAGAGGCCUGUUCCCGGACAACUUCGUCAGGGAGAUAAAAAAGGAAGGGAAGAGAGAUGGAGGACAAACAAACACUCUUAAAUCUGACCUCUCUAAUGGCAGCGCAAGUCCUUUGUCAGAGCAGAGCCUGCGACCGGCUAAGAAAGGUGAGCAGAUCCGUAAGCGGAGGUGUAAAGCAUCCUUCAGCUACAUGCCUCAGAACGAGGAUGAGCUGGAGCUCAAGAUCGGUGACAUCAUCGAGGUCAUUGCUGAGGUGGAAGAGGGCUGGUGGGAGGGGGUCCUGAAUGGGAAGACUGGAAUGUUUCCCUCCAACUUCACCAAGGAGAUCCUGCCGGAGGCUGACAGGCCGUCUUUAGACACGCCCACCACACAAGAGGAGCUCCGCAGCAAACGCACCAGUAAGGAAAGCCCAGGAAGUGAGAGUGAUGGAGGGGAUAGCAGGUCUGACAUGGGGUCAGGGGAGAUCCAGCCCAAGAAGGUUCGAGGGUUUGGUUUUGGGGACAUCUUCAAAGACCAGCCCAUCAAGCUCAGGCCUCGCUCCAUGGAAGUGGACACAGAUGGAGAAAAGGCGAACGUGGGGAAAGCAGCUGCCGUUGUCCCGGAGACCAUGAAGGCGGAGCCAGACAGCAAAAUGAAAGGACGGGAGCAGUGUAAGGUCCUCUUUCCAUAUGAAGCACAGAAUGACGACGAACUGUCAAUCAAAGAAGGGGAAAUCGUCACCAUUGUUAACAAGGAGUGUGCGGAUGCAGGCUGGUGGAUGGGGGAGAUUGGGGGCAGACAGGGCGUCUUCCCCGAUAAUUUCGUUAAGAUAAUAGUUCCUGAAGUGGAGAAAGAGAGACCAAAGAAACCACCGCCUCCCAAUGCACCUUCAGCUAAACACACCGCAGAGAAAAAGUCGGAGGUUAAGAAGGUUCCCCCGGAGCGUCCAGAGUACCUGCCCCAGAAGGACCAGGACCGAGGUGAGGAGAUGAAGGUUGGAGACAUCCCUAAACCUGCCCUCCCAUCUGUCCCUCCCAAGAAACCUUUUCCCCCAAAGACAACCUCCUCCUCCCCUUCCUCACAACCCCCAAGACGCCCCGAGAGACCACCUGCUCUAGUGAGUGAAAGCCCUAAAUCUGAGGGCGGGGCUUCGACACCAGACUCUGCCUCUGACAGGUCACAUGACACUGAUAUAGAUUUGGAUGUGGUGGUCUCAUCAGCAGAGAGGUUGAAUCAUCCAACGGCGUCACGACCAAGAGUCACAGAUCGCCGACCACGCUCCCAGAUUAUCACACCGUCAUCCUUGACCAGUCCUGAGCUCCUUGACUCCCUCGUGGUGGAGGAAGAGAGGAGAGAGAAAGAGAAGGAGAGACGGAAGGAGGAGCAAGAGUCGCUCCCUUCCAGAUCCGUGGAAGUUUGUCGCAGGAAGGGAGUCCCCGCCAUAUCUUUACCUGACAGUAAGUCGCCGUUGCCCCCAAAACCCACGGUUCUGCCCCCGCCCAACAGCCCUGGUCAUCGUCCUGCUUCGCCCUCCUCUUCUGCACUUAGCCCCUCCCCAGAGCUCCGAGCUUCACCCCUGACACCACCCACCCUGGACGAACUCAGAAACCAGCUCCGAGACCUGAGAGCCACCAUAGAAUUGCUUAAAAAACAGCACAGACUGGAGAUGAAGCAGCUGGCCAGUGAGCUGGACGAGGAGAAGAGGAUUCGCAUCAGUUUACAGAUCGAAGUGGAGCACAUAAAGAAGAACCUGUCCAAAUGACUCCUAAGACGCUAUUUUUGGCACACCCUGAUGACAUCACCACAUCAGAGGCCUGUAUUUGAAGACCUUAUCCGAUGGCCCAGACCCUCAGCCAAACAAGUUUUAAGUUAUUUGUGCCAAAUAACAACGGCAUCAACGAGAACACAGCACCAUGGAAGCAACCAUCUCCCCCGAUUCAGCCUUACUCCCUGCUGAAUUCGGCCAUUUUUGUUGUUUUGUUUUUGCUCUUUUUUUUUUAAGGCUUGUCUUUUUGUUUACUGCUAUCUAUCUGGAGCUCACUGUGCCACCGGUACUCACCUGGGCUGUCGCUGUGCGUCGCCACGGUUACAGAAGGAGGACACAGAGCUGAUGGUUGACCCAACAACCGCACCGGUACUGUUCUUUCUAAGUGUGAAGAAAACUUCAGUUGCCAACCUUGUAAGCCUGGUUGGUUCAAAUGACCUCUGUGCUGUUCUGGGUCCACGCUGCGGCCUGCGUGUCUUAUCUAUGUGUGUGUGUGUGUGUGUGUGUGUGUGUGUGUCUGUGUGUGUGUGUGUGUGUGUGUGCUGGAGCACAUGACCGUUGGCCUCCCUUCCUCACGUGCACAGUAUCUAUGACAACCUGUCACUGUGGCCUUCCUGUUUUUCACUCCAAAUUCUUCUUUCUUUCUUUCUUUCUUUCUGUCCUAUGACAAAGAGAAAACUACUAAGACUAAGGCCACAAGUUGUUUUCUUGACUUGGUCUUUUCUCUCCAGGAUAGUGAAAUAUAUAAAUAUAUAUAUAUAUAUCUACUUUUAUAUUUCGGUGUUAUAAAGAUGCUAUUAUGUACUGUAUGUGUGCAGAUUUUAAUAAAAAAAAGAAAGAAAAAAAACAU